AUGAGGGAGGCAAUGUGGCUGUCGGCGGUCCUGGGUACGCUUGUAGGAGGCUAUGAAGUGAUAACCGUGCAGCCGUCAUUAGAGUUUGGUCAAGUGCUGGAUUGUGAAGAUCCCUACUCAAUCUUGCGGCGACAGUUGAAUUUGUCGGAGAGACUGAAUGUGGGCGAGAGUAUCCGUAGUGUCCUGCUCCGAAAAGCUCUACACAAA